UGAUUCUUACAUUUUAAUAGCGUUAAGAAUAGAUUGGGAUCUGGACAUAUAUGGUCAAGCAAGGGACCUCUCCUAUGACAUACGGGCUCACAUGUUCAAUACAAAUCAUCAGAUCGCGACCCAUAAAAGACAGUGGAUGUUCUGCAAUAGCCAAAGAAAUUAUUUUUCUUUAGAUUAUUAAGGCAGUCCUUUAGGAAACAUUUACUUUUGAAACUCAAAACCAGCUGUAAUGGCUUCCAUCAGUGACGAUGAAAUCACUGCUGUAGUGAUCGACAACGGCUCCGGCAUGUGUAAAGCGGGUUUCGCUGGUGAUGAUGCCCCGCGAAGUGUUUUCCCUGCAGUCGUGGGCAGACCUAAGUAUCAGGUGAUUAUGGUAGGAAUGGGCACCAAGGACUGCUACAUUGGAGACGAGGCUCAGGCCAAGCGUGGCAUGUUAUCCAUGAAAUAUCCAGUAGAGCAUGGCAUCGUGACCAACUGGGAUGACAUGGAAAAGAUCUGGCACCAUACAUACUACAACGAACUAAGAGUGGCACCUGAGGAGCAUCCAGUCAUACUGACAGAGGCGCCCCUGAACCCAAAAUUUAACAGGGAGAAGAUGAUCCAAAUAUUUUUUGAAACCUUUAACACGCCCGCAUUUUACGUCAGUGUCCAGGCCGUGUUGAGUCUGUACGCUUCAGGCAGGACUACAGGUGUCGUCAUGGAUUCUGGAGACGGGGUGACCCACUUUGUGCCAAUCUACGAGGGCUACUGUCUCCCGCAUACAAUCAAGCGAGUCAACCUGGCUGGCAGAGACCUAACCCAGUACCUCCAGAGGAUUCUUAGCGAGAGAGGUUACACAAUGACUACAACCUCGGAACUAGAAAUCGUUCGAGACAUCAAAGAGAAACUUUGUUACGUCGCCUUGGACUUUGACGCUGAGCUGGCUUCAAGCGCCUCCUCUUCCGCCAUGGAAAAAUCCUAUGAGCUGCCAGACGGUUCCAUCAUAACUAUAGGCAAUGAGAGGUUCCGUUGUCCGGAAGUUCUCUUCCAGCCAUCCUUCAUCGGCAUGGAAACUUCCGGAAUCCACGAGCAGCUUUACAACUCUGUCCAAAACAGUGACCUAGAUAUCCGCAGCGAUCUCUACAGCAACGUGGUUCUGUCAGGGGGGACGACCAUGUAUCCUGGGAUAGCGGACCGCAUGCAUAGAGAGUUGGCGGCCUUGGUGCCGCCUUCCCAAAAGGUUAAGGUCAUCGCCCCUCCGGAACGUAAGUACUCCGUGUGGAUAGGUGGAUCCAUUCUAGGCUCACUGUCGACUUUCCAGCAGAUGUGGAUCUCCAAGCAGGAAUAUGACGAGAGCGGUCCUUCCAUCGUGCAUAGAAAAUGCUUUUAAUACCAAGAAUGAUGAAAGAAUUAUACCAACAAAUUUUGUUCAUUUAAAACAAGAUAGCUAGAAAUAAACUCCAAUUUAAAUGACCUAAAGACAUGGUGCAGGAUGUAUUCUACAAGUAGAUCUUUCUGCGAAAUGUUCAUUUAUAGCACUCAUUAGAGUAAUUAAUAUGAUAUACAAAUAUUUUAAUUGUUUCUUUGACAUUUGCAUAAUUUAUGUGACAUGCCUGCAUGUGGAUUUCAAACAUCUGUAUUACUGCUUCAAGUAUAUAUAUUGGGUUGGUAGGGACUAAUACAAGUAUGAACUAUAUAAUUUGACAGUGACUACUGUACUUUGUUUCAUUGUAAAGACUUCACUUGCAUUAAAUAUAUGUUUCUUAGUGUUCAAACAGUAUUGCUCCAAUACAUUAUUUAAUAUAGAGACUAAACAACGUUUUCUUUGCCCAAUACUAAAAUGGAAUGUUUUAAUGCGAGUUAUGUCCAAGUAUUUUUUUUCCAUAGGUAAAAAAUUGUUUAAUAUAAGAUAAAUGAAGAAACUUGAUUGACAAGCUAAUUAAUGCAUAUGAUGAUAUUAAUAAAACUCGGUAAUAUGUUAAUGCCUUCACACAUCCCUCAGUCUGUCGAACCGUUAGAGUACCACCCAUGAUCUGUAAAUGUGGGGGACUUUUAACCUUUUCAAUGAAUGACGAAGUAUUUGGUAUCAUUUCAAAUAAGUUCUCAGAAAGAAAACAGAUGCAGUAGGCUCGACAUCUAAUUUCUGUGAUAACAACAACAAAGAAUGGACGUUUCUAAAAGCCUCCUCGUUAAAGCAAAGCGCCAAUCAGAUUGGACGUUUCUAAAAGCCUCCUCGUUAAAGCAAAGCGCCAAUCAGAUUGGACGUUUCUAAAAGCCUCAUCGUUAAAGCAAAGCGCCAAUCAGAUUAAAAUUUGCUUGAAUUGUUUACCUCGCUUAUAUCCAUUUACUUCGUCUGCCUUUUGCACGUUAUUUCUCCCACUUCCCAUUCUCGGAUCAAGUUUGAAUCUUCGCAAAAUUAUUCAUUGUUGAUGACAACACAUGAAUCAAACACAAAAUUAACCAAUUGUUUUAAUAAAUUGGUCGUAAUUAACUGAAUGUACUAAACUAAAGGGAGAUAAGCCCAACAUAUAUGUCAGCCAUUGAACAGUAAUCUCCAUCAAAAGCGCCAAUGAGACAUGCAAGAUAGCAGACGCGUAAAACGUCAUAAAGAUCAGGAAAGUAACUUACGCAAUUGUGUACAGUUAUAAUUGAUUCAAAAUAAUGCGCUUUACUUAAACAAAAAAGUGCUUCUUGUUUCGUUUUAACACAUGUAUGUAGGUAUGGACCCUUACGUUAUUGGAGAUCCUUCUCUACCCAUCAAUGGCGAAAAAAAUAUCAAAAGAAUGAUUGUGGUGUAUCCGGUGUACAGAGUAACGGAAGUGAUGAUAAGCAAUUAUUUUUAACAAAGCUUAUAUCAACUCAAUCUUUCUGUCUGGUGAAACACGUUAUUUCUUCCACAAUCUCGGAUCAAGUUUAUACUUUUCAUAAUAAUUUCUAGUACCUGACAAAACAAGAAUAAAAACAAAUCAACCAAUAUGUUAAUUAACUAUCGGAAAUUGUUAUUUUGUCUGGUAUCGAACGAGGGAAAGAAAUUGUACUUGACAGAUGUGGUGGUAUAAGUUGAAUUAAUCCCCUUGAAGCCUGCGUUUGAAUUUAAGCCGUACAACUUUUUGUAUGCAUUUAAAAAGCGAUCACGGAAACAUUUACGAAUUUUUUUCCCCCCAACACCUUUCUAUUCUGGCCCAGACAAGUUCAAUGUUUAAUGUAUAAUUUCUACUUUACUUUUUAUUCUUCUGUUCUAAAGUGUCUAUAAAUUUGGUCAUUUUUACUAAUGGUGUUACUCUGUUCAAACAGGAAAAUUCGUUCUUUUAAAAAUAAAUCUCACGGCUCUAUUUUUUUUUUGUCUGUUCUGUUCUUGAUUUGCGAAUGCAUAUUUUAUUAUUGGCCAAACUAUAGUUCAAUACCAUUUUAGUUUUAUGCUCCUGAUUGAUUCGUAAAAAUUCUUUUCAUAAACCCUAGGGUAUGCUUCGUUUGAUGAUUUUAAAACUAUAAUGUGGCAUAAGAGUUCCAUGAUGACUUCUCACUAUAGCCUACAUUUUGAGUUUGUGUAACUGGUUUACCAUGAAUAAAUAUUUGUUUUAAUUUG